GUCUUAUUUCUGAAGGUUUUCGCAACAGAAGCGGUGUGGAAGGUGCCGUGUGUCAUAUCCACUUUCAAUUAGCGGCGUUCUGCGAGUCUCCCUUCCUCUCACCAAAACGGGCGGUGUUUCCCUCUGAUUCGUUGUUUCUCUUGAAGGAUGGGCAGCGUGUGCACUCGACCGUCGCCCACGUCAGCGACCGAGCCUUCUCGCGGCGACUCGCAGCGGACGACUGGUCCGAGCCUCAACACGGCUCGUGGCGGCGACAAAGCUCAGCCUGUCAAGGGCGACAUGCCGAUAGGGGAACACGAGGGCGAGGAUGAGGACAACGUGGCCAUGGACCUGCCGCUGCGCUCCAAAAGCGCCAGGCCCGCGCAUGCCAAUGACACGACGUACGGGGGAUAGGCAGGCAGUGCACUCACUGAGUGGGCGGGGCGGUGAGGUGACUGACGGGUUGGAAGACAGCCAGUAGACAGACAAGACAGACAGGGAGUGAGUGAGCUGCUCUCUAUAUAAUAUGGAGAAUCGCUGGUUGAGUAGCACCGUUUACGUGAAGUGCUUGCGGGUGUGACAUCAAUUCAAUGACUCACUCACUCACUCACUCUCUGUCUGUGUGUGUGUCGUUUUGUGUGUGUUGUUGGUUUUGUUACCCUUUCGUGUGUGUGUUUGUUUGCUAGGGGCAUGAAGGUUGACUCGUCGGUGGUUGGGUCAGGUGCGGCGGUGCGUGGCGCACCAGACGUGGUUCGUGACGGACAGCGGUUCGGUGCUAAGAGCAUGACCUGGAACGCUGCGCAACUCGACCCCGACACUGCUGCUAGACUCAAGCGAUUCUACGCUAGAAACAAACAGGUCAGUCUGACAUACCAAUAAGCCAUACGCACACCACACACACACACACACACACAGACACGCCCCUCGUCCAGCAUCACCACCCACACAACCAAUCUCGUGCCUGCCUGCCUGCCGGCCUGUUGGUGCCUUGAUUGAUGCAGGCACAGGAGACGGAGGCGGUGUCUAUCCGUGAGCAGUCGCAGAAGUACGACGAGGCCACAUUGCAGAGCCUGCAGGACAACAUCAGCACCCAGGUGGCCGACGACGCCGAGGCCGUCACGGCCAGUGUGAGCGAGAAGCUCGCCGCCCUCGACGUCUUCUCGCCAGACGUCAGGUCACUCCGAUGGAAGGAAUUCGAAGCCAUGCUCGAGGAGGGGUACGUAUUGCACCACACACACAACCAACGCCACACGUGCACAGACAGACAGACAGGGGACGAGUGACCGAUGGCUGUUGUGUGUAUGUCAGGGGCAUCAAGACGUUGGAUCAUUUCCGUCAGCAGGCGGCUGGCAAGCGGGGCAAAGACAAAGCUAUGACUCUCGCUGGAGUGGUCAGUCUCUAUGACACAAUGCAUUCAUUGCCUAGCUACAUAAGGAUGCAUCGUCAAAUGCAUGCUUUCUCUUCUCGCCUGUCUGCAGAAGCAAACCCCCGGUCAGGCCUUCGGCACUCUCCACUAACCCCACAGCCAGCUAUCGAAGCAACGCC